ACCCCAGCCGGGCUGGCCCCGGGGCUGGGCGGCUGCAGGAUGCUUCUCAAGCUGGCGGUCACGCUGCAGGUGCUGUCGCUGUUGGCGAGCCGGGCGCACGGCUUCCCGAAGCCCGCGGGCAGAGAUAAAGCUAUGCACAACAGGCAAUUAAGUGUAGAAAGACCUUUGGAGGAACAGAUUGCUGAAGCUGAGGCAGACAAGAAUAGGAAGAUAGCUCCCACAGAAAAUAAGCCAGAGUUCAGGAAUUAUUCCUUUGUUGAUGACUUGAACCUGCUAAAGUCAGUAGCAGAAAGAGAGAGGAAUGAAAAAGAGAGGGAGUCAAUUAGAAGCUCUUUGUACGAGCAGCAAUUGGCCAUUGAUGAUGCAGACUCCACCAAGAACCGCAGGCUCGUGGAUGACUACGACUCUACUAAAAGUGGGCUGGAUUAUAAAUUCCAAGAUGAUCCAGAUGGCCUUCAUCAAUUAGAUGGCACUCCCUUGACUGCUGAAGACAUUGUUCAAAAAAUUGCUACAAGGAUUUAUGAGGAAAACGAUAGAGGAGUGUUUGACAAGAUCGUUUCCAAACUUCUCAAUCUGGGGCUUAUCACGGAGAGUCAGGCCUAUACUCUGGAAGAUGAAGUGGCAGAGGUUUUACAACAGCUAAUUGCAAAUGAAGCAAAGGAUCGUGAGAAUGAGCCUGAAGAUUUUGAUUACCCUCCAAGCAGAGCAGACAGUGAUUCAAAGGAAAAGCAACAGGAAAAAUUGACAUCAAGCAAAUCUGAUCAGGAUAGUUUCAUCAAUGGGGAAAUUGAUGAUACCCUGGAUAACACAUGGUCAUCAUCUAAUAUCUUGGAAAGAAGAAAUGAGCUGCCUUCUGAAGAUGAUUUUGAAGACCUCCAGUACUUUCCAAACUUCUAUGCACUAUUAAAAAGUCUUAACUCAGAGACAGAGACAAAAGAGAAAGAGACUUUAAUAACCAUCAUGAAAACCCUGAUUGAUUUUGUGAAGAUGAUGGUUAAAUAUGGAACAAUCACACCAGAAGAAGGAGUUUCCUAUCUGGAAAACUUAGAUACAAUGAUAGCUGUGCAGACAAAGAAGAAACUCGAGAAUCCUUCCACUAAAAGCAAACCAAAGCAACCAGCAGACAAGAGUAGUGAAGAAGCAGACAGUACGAAGGAGGAAGCAGCUAAAAUGGAGAAGGAAUAUGAAAUCUCAAAGGAUUCCACAAAAAAUGAAGAACAAAACCCAGCAGGAAACAGUGAAGAGCCCAGAGGAAAAGCUGAGGCAUAUUUGGAAGCAAUCAAGAAGAACAUAGAAUGGCUAAAAAAGCACAACAAACAAGGUAACAAAGAAGAUUAUGAUCUUUCAAAGCUGAGAGAUUUCAUUGAUCAGCAAGCAGAUGCAUAUGUGGACAAGGGCAUCCUGGACAAGGAAGAAGCGGAUGUAAUUAAGCGCAUAUAUGGCAGCCUGUAAAAAGCUGGUGGCUGCCCACCAUGUAGAAAACUAGUGUAGCUUUCCCCCGUCCCAGCUCAAUGACUUAUGGUCUGUUGUUUUGAAGGUAUCAUUAGAAAUUCCUUUACAUUACUGAUAACUUUUUAGGAAAGGAGAGCUAUAGUGCUCUGUACACUGACUGCAUACUGUAUUUUCCUACACUCGCAAAUCAAAUCUAAACACCAACUUCUGACACCGACUUUCUAUUUGACAGGGUAAAUAUUUACGUAACGCUCUCUUUGAUUUGUGUUUGGUUUACUUGGUAGAUAAGCCUACCAUUUCUGAUGGAGAAGUCUUUUAAUGCUACACCUUUUUGCUCUCAUUCCCUAGCUUUCUAUAGAUGCAACUAUGUAAAGGGCAUUAUUAGGAAAUAGUUCAUAGAUCUUUAAAUAAAAUAUUUGAAAAUAAUUUACCUAUUAAAGUUCUUAUCAAUCUUAAUAUUUCACAUCCAGAGAUCUUGUUUUAAAAUCCUAAUAGCAUGUCUUUUGUUGACUUUUUUCUUUCUUUUGUGUAGUAUUCUCUAACUUGGAGCACAGUGUCAUGAGCUAAUGGACUCAUCUCUGACCCUACAACUGCCUUUCUUUUUAAAGAGCUCCGUUCUCCCCAGUGGCUUCAUUCAGCAUGUGUUAAAGUUCUCUUUAGUGCACCAUUUUGUCACUUUGCAUGCAUUAGCUGGAUUCCUAUGUCAGUAGUCUGAUAACAAGUGUAAAUAACCAUUACUUUCUUAUUUAAAAAAAAAAAAAAAAGGAAAGCAAUUAAAGCCAUUUUGCAGGGAAGUAAUUUGCAACUGGAGGUGCUUUUAGAAACAUGAGCCCUGUUUUUCUGAAGGACUGGAUGAACCCAUCAGAUCUCAGCAUCUCUGAAUAUCAAGUCCACGGUCUGCUUACUGACUUGGCUCUGUUUUUAGUAGUACCUAUCAUGCUGAAAAACUAUUUUGUCACAUACUUGCUGUCACUAGGCAAUUAGUUGGUACCCAAAGGGUAAAAAAGGGAAACAAGAAUUCCACUCUUCCUCAACUUGCAGAGUUUGCGAAGAAUGGCGUGAGAAAUCUUUUCACAUUUAAGUGAAUGGAUGAUUCUAUUCCUGAAGAACUCACAAAGUAAGAGCAGUGAAGGAAGACUUAGAGUACUGCUGCAUAGCACACAGUUCAGUAAGCACUAAAUAGGCAGACCAGUUCCUUUCCUAUUCCUUCAGCACAAUUGGACACUGAGGAAGAUUGGAACAACGUUUCACAGCCAACUUAAGUAAACUUUGGCAUCCUUGCAAAACAUAAAUCAUCAACUGAGCAUCAUCAAUAGAACAUUGUUGGUAAUAAACAUUGAAUGAAUGUGAUAGCAAUGAGGUGAAACAACAUAGCUCUUUGAGAGCAGAUGGCAUGUAAGCUAAUGAAUGCUUCCUAGCAUCCAAAAAGUACAUCUUGGUAUGGAUCACCAAAUUAUAGUAUCAGUCACUACCUGUGAUAUUUUUGUUAAAACAGUAUUCAAAAGUGUAGCCAAAGCAACCUUAUGGAUAGUUUGUAAAAUGCAAGGUUUCUUUUCCCAUCGAUAUAAUGUGUAGUAUAAUAAUAUUUUAGUUUUGUUAGAAGUUUGUUUCUCUCUUUGGCCUCUGAGGCGUCAAUGCAGGAGUCUGGAACUAACAGAAAGACGUCACGUAACAUCAACCUGUGAUUAUAAAACUGUUUGUGUCUACAAAGUCUGGUCCAAUAUUUUUAACCUCUCAAUUUGCCAAAUGUUACAACUUCAACAAAAUGCAUAUGACAUCAUUUACCAAAAAAAAUCCAAACAGUGUGUAUGACCAAUCCCAAUUCAGAGUAUCCAUAUUCCUGAGCCUGUUUAGUGCUUACCCUGCUGCUCUGUAAACUUAAAACAUAUGUAGACACGAUUCCACCAACACAGUGUCUAGCUGAGAACUGAUCAAGCCCUCUGAUGUUUAGGUAAGCAAUCCCAGCAAUGGUUCUUCAGACAAGAUUCACUUCCCAUCCUGCCAACCCCAAACAUUUAACUUGUUAUUUGAAUGCCUCAAAUACUGGUUUGAUUGUACACCAAAUGAAUAUCUAUCAGUUACUCACCUUUCAGAACUGAAAAGUAAAUGUACAGCCAGCCUGACAAACCACCCUGCAUUUCUGAAAGGCUUUGAUUUACACUAAAUAAAAUUAAAUGUAGUGACUUGAGUUUCAACUUGCACUACAGCCCUUACUAGUCCUUAUUUUGAAGGCAUGCUAACACUGGACAUCUGCUGUUGGGUAUUUAAUACAUAAACCAUAAAUCAUAUUCUGUCAGUGCUUUCCUUUUUCCUGGUGAGAAAGGUAUGUUCAACACUUGCACAACCCCAGCUCUAAAAUGAGAAAAAACAGUUUCUAUGUUGUUUGUAUCUCUGCCUGAUCCUUCAGAAAACCUUCACUCUCAGAAUUAUCACUGAAAAUGUAACAACAUAUAUGGUAUUCACGUUUUAAGUUUUUCUAUUAAACUACUGUGUCUGA